AUGAAGCUUCUCUUCGCUUUAAUUUUCAUAUUUACUAUUGAUAUUCUAACCUUAUCGAUUGUAUCGGCUUCAUCCAAUUUCAAUGUUCUUGAUUAUGGAGCAAUUGGAAAUGGCAAAGCAGACGAUUCAGAAGCUUUUUUGAAAGCUUGGAAUGAUGUAUGUGGAGCAACAGAAGAUAGUCCAACAUUACAUGUACCUGAUGGAAAAACUUACCUCUUGAACCCUCUCAAAUUUCAGGGUCCUUGCAAGUCUAAUCAAGUCAAUUUUGAUCUUAGAGGAACUCUAAUGGCUCCAAGCAAGGAUGAAUGGCCAAGUGAUGGUGCAGAUAAAUGGGUCCAAUUUUAUGACAUAGAAGGUUUGAAUCUCAAAGGAGCUGGAAAAUUUGAUGGUCAAGGCUCUUUAUGGUGGAAAGAUUGUGAUCGUAAACAUUGUAAACGACCAACGGCAUUGUUUUUCCACAAUUGCAACGGACUUCAAGUGAAAGAAAUGAAGCAUAUCAAUAGUGGCAGGAAUCACAUCUCCAUAAAUGAUUGCAAUGAUGUUAUUUUUUCUAAUAUUCAGAUUCUUGCUCCCGAAGAGAGUCCUAACACUGAUGGAAUUGAUAUUUCCAAAUCAAAAAAUGUUCUUAUCCAAGAUUCUUUUAUAGCAACAGGUGAUGAUUGUAUUGCCAUUAAUGAAGGAUCUUCCGAUAUCAAUAUAAUUGGUAUCACUUGUGGCCCUGGCCAUGGCAUAAGCAUUGGGAGCCUAGGAAAAGAUGGUGCAUAUAAUGUAGUUGAAAAUAUUCAUGUAAGCAACUGCCUCUUACAAGGCACUCAAAAUGGAGUUAGAAUCAAGACUUGGCAGGGUGGAUAUGGAUAUGCAAAGAAUAUCACAUUCGAGAAAAUAACACUCAAGAAUGCAAAAAAUCCAAUCAUUAUUGAUCAAUAUUACACAUCUUAUGCAUAUUCGAGAAAAAUAAAGGGAAUGGACAUAAAAGUGAGUGAUGUGACAUAUCGUGAAGUUAAUGGAACAUCAGCAAAUGAAGAUGCAAUUACUUUGAACUGCUCUCGAGCUCGUUGUACAAAUAUUAUACUGGACAAUGUCAACAUAAAAAUGAUAACUCUUGGAAAAGAAGCCAAAGCUAUUUGUCAAAAUGUGGAUGGAAAAUUUUUAUCUACUGUCCCAAUUGUGUCUUGCUUAUCAAAAUCUCAUUAA